CGGCCAUUUAGCACAUUCAUAUAGAUAAGAUAAAGUGAUGCAUUUUUGGAAUACGUUCAGGAGAACUUUCCAAUGUUUAAUGCAGGCUAAUUAAAAACAUUCAUCUAUAUUUUUAGUCCUCAACGGACACAUGACUGAUAUUUCAAGUUGAGACAAAUCAAAAAUAUUGCGACUUAUUUUUUUUUUGUUUGGGAGCAGAUACUUUGUGGCGCUGAUUUUUACGUGAGAGAAAAAAGGACACUUGAAUGCACCAAUAAGGAAGUUUAUACUUAAAAUGGAGGACUGACUACUGGCAGCUCUGAAUGGAAUGGCCGUCAUGCUCCGCUGGGAUCAACCGUCGAGGGUCUCUGCCUUGGCAAGAUACGCUUCCCCGCAUAUGAUCUGGUCCUGAUGGUGGUCCUCAUCGGGCUUUGACCUUCAACGUUUGCAUCUGAGUCUGAAGCUUCUGGGAUGAGACUCAGAACCUUUCAAAUCCGAGGCCAUGGUUCUCAGUCGGAAAAGGGUGGAUUAGGGUCCCGCCCCAGGAGUUAAACUGUCCAACGGAAGAGGCUCCGAGGAUGACAGCUUUCCAGACAUCUGCUGGCACCGGGGAACCCGACAGAGGCUUUGUGUUAGGAAUGGCGAACAGCCAGUGGUUGGACCCCAAAGCUGAGAGACUCUGAAAAAUGCAUAGAAACAAUGUUUAGUAACAAAAAGUACACUCUUAAUGGUAAUGGUUUUAUUUCAUUUGAACAUGCAGGCAGGAUGGACGUUACAGACUGACACAGUCUACAAUGACAAGGUUGUGGCCUUUUCCUGGACCUUUCCAUGAACAAAUCCUCUUCACACCAAUGGAUGUCGACCUGUGACCAAAAGCUGUGAAGACAUCUUUGAGCCAUCUGAAUCUCCCGUCUCACUGACAUUGGAAUGAAGGGGCAUCUCACCGAAGCCGGGGUUCCUCCAUGCGUGAUCAGGAAGGAAGAGAAGAAGGCCUUAGUGCGAAAUGUCAGUGCUUUUUUCCUGCAAAGCAAGCCUCAUCAAAGGAGGAUUAGCGCCGGACUGAUGGCUUCACUGGACGAGCGAGUUGUGAUGGGGUAAUCUCAUGCAUGAUGACGACUUGGAGGCAGCGGUAAACCGAGGAGGGGAGGACCGAGUAAUCAAGGAUGAUGCGUACUGCAGGGUGCUGCCAUGUACUGCAGGGUGCUGCCAUAAAGGAGUGAAAGCGUGGCACAACAUGGUCAAGAAAAAAGGAUGUCCCGAUACGUUGGACUUCAGGUUUCAGCACUACUUCAACCCCGGGCGAUGAUGCUUCAUUGUAGCAGCCCUAUGCUCCACCCCCUCACCCCAUGGCUCCUCCCAGCCCCAGCACGAACAGCUGCAACCAGGGAGGGGUGGAGCAGCUGAGUAAGACCAACUUGUACAUCCGAGGCCUGCCACCUGGGACUACGGACCAGGACCUCAUCAAGCUCUGCCAACCGUAUGGAAAGAUAGUAUCAACGAAGGCCAUUCUGGAUAAGAACACCAACCAGUGCAAAGGCUACGGCUUUGUUGAUUUUGACAGCCCAGCCGCAGCACAGAAAGCGGUGUUGUCUCUGAAAGCGACCGGAGUGCAGGCGCAAAUGGCCAAGCAACAGGAGCAGGACCCUACCAACCUGUACAUCUCCAAUCUACCCAUCUCCAUGGACGAGCAGGAGCUGGAGAACAUGCUGAAGCCUCUGGGUCAUGUCAUCUCCACCAGGAUACUGAGGGACGCCAACGGGGUCAGCAGGGGAGUCGGCUUUGCCAGGAUGGAAUCCACUGAGAAAUGUGAAGGAGUAAUUCAGCAUUUCAAUGGAAAAUACCUGAAAACCCCACCAGGAAUUCCAACUCCCACAGAGCCUCUACUGUGUAAAUUUGCAGACGGAGGCCAGAAGAAGCGGCAGAGUCAGAGCAAGUAUCCUCAGAACGGGAGGCCGUGGCACAGAGAAGGCGAGACCGGGAUGGCGUUGACAUAUGAUCCUGCUGCAAUGCAGAAUGGGUUCUACUCCUCGCCUUACAGCAUCGCCACCAACCGCAUGAUCGCACAGACCUCCAUCACGCCCUUCAUCGCUGCCUCCCCCGUUUCCACAUAUCAGGUCCAGAGUACAUCAUGGAUGCCUCAUCAACAAUAUGUUAUGCAACCUACAGGUGCAGUGAUCACGCCAGCCAUGGACCACACGAUGUCCAUGCAGCCUGCCAGCAUGAUGGGACCCCUCACCCAACAGAUGAACCAUCUGUCCUUGGGUACCACAGGAAGUUACAUGACUGCCGCCGCUGCAGCAGCGCCUAUGCAAGGGACCUACAUUCCCCAGUACACUCCUGUGCCUCCAACAGCCGUCCCCGUCGAAGGAGUCGUGACUGAUGCCUCCCCGCAGACGGUGAAUCCUUCAUCACAGGAAGUGGGUGGCCAGCAGCAACAGAUUCAGGUGGACAGCGCUGCCGAACACGUUCCCGCUUACUCAUACCAGUCCAAAUAACAACGGCCUCAAAGAAUGUUCCUGUGACAGCGUUGCCUUGAGACAUAAGGUGGCUGCACUGUGAAUGUGAGGGGGGG